UUGUAGAAGAACUAUAGGCGGCAUUUAUUGUUUCUACACGAACCCGGACGAAAUCGAGACCAGUGAUGUCAGCAUCAUAACAUAAAAAUACGUAUGAUAUUGACCCAACAAAGUGCCGUCGGAAGAUUAAUGAAGUUACAUCCUGUAGUUUAAAAUAGUUAGCGAAACUAACACUUAGCAGAGUCGAACUGAGCUAAACUGAACUGAGCCAUACUAACUGAAACUAAAACAGUAGAGAACCAUGAACUGACUUGAUGGCCGUAUUCUGAACUUCAUGACAAGGCAAAACCACAAGAAUAAUCAUGUUCAACUUCCUUGGACUCCGUAAAGACUCAAAGAAGUCAGCAUCUGAGAAGGAAGUAGAUGGAGGGUUUGUUAUAGUUGGAGAGACAGCUGAUGAACAGAGGAGGAAGAUGCAGACGGUGAACGUCGCACAGCUGGCGACAAACGUCAUAGUGCAGCCAUCAAAGUCAUCCUGUCCAGGUCCAGCUUCACCCACCGACUCAAAGCACCCUACAGCUUUAGCUACUGCAGCGCCAACAGCAGGGACUUCGGCAGCAGUGGAAGCUGCUUCGACUCUCCCAGAUCUCCUCGGGGACGUUCCCUUCACUCUGGCUCCUCAUGUCCUGGCCAUGCAGGCAGGGUUCCCCCUAAUUCCAGAUGUGCUGCUGUCCCGAGACAUAAACUACAACCUGGCUAGUUUUCAGUAUGACUUCACUUUAGAAAACUCUGUGCUCCAUAAUGCCUAGUCCGUUUUCAGUUUUAAUACUAGGACUGUCAUCAGGACUUCACAUUGUUGGGAAUAGCCCAACAGCAUAUUGACAAAUGUGGUUCUGUAGCAUUAUGAAGAUGUAAAAGCUGAAUAAAAUGUAAUAAACAUCAAAUAAGUAGUAGAACUGAGAAGCACUGAAAAAGCGAUAUAUAGACUCAUACAAAAAUAAUCCCUCUCAAUCAUCACUUAUGACCCACUAAAAAUAUGUGGUGGUGUCUGUAUCUGCAGGGACCCUGCCCUCUGCCUGUAUAUUCUUAGUAUUUUUGCUGUGUGCAGGAUGUUUCCGUGAGUGAAAGAUUCUGAAGAAAGAUUGUUGAUUGUUGGGUCUCCAAAUUGCCAUCAUCCCAAAUCGCCGAUAAAUGACCCACAUCCUAAUGGUGUGUUUACAAACAGCAACUGACAAUUGCUGCAUAUUAUGCAAGUCCUUUUCCAUUUUCUACUUUCAGCGUAGAGGCAAUGAAAUCAAAGGCAUUUGAUUUGGGUGUUAAAGAGUCCAAGACAAGUUCAGGCCAGAUUUUUCUAGAUCCCUGCAAUGAACUUGUAGAGUAAAAUAUGUUUAUUAUAUGCGAAUGGAGGCCCAAAUUACGAGAAUAAGAUUGAGGUUGUUCUAAAUUAGUGUUAUUGUAUAUGGGAUGCUAUUUCAAAUGGUACGAAAGAAAGACUUUUUUUUUUUUUUUUUAUAGGUUAUUUAAGGGUGGGGCAUCUUGAUGUUAAGGCAAUAAUGCUGAUCUAAAUGUAGCACUCGGACAAGAAAUUACCUAGCUCCUGCUGAGUUAAACCCAAGUCUUCAGACGAAUCAGUGGAUGGAAACGACUAAUUCAUCUUUUGAAUCAUCUAUUUAUGUACAAACUUCAACAUGUGGAGCAUGUUUGAAUGAUCAAGUGAAAAAUGUAUGGUAAGACUAUUUUUACUAACUACAGCCCUCAUGUAAUUUAAUAUGGUAUGAUUUAUAUUAUUAACAUUACAUGUAGCGAAAAAACUUCUUCAUACAACUUAUGACUAUCUGACAACAGUUAUACCCCACCAAUCAUUACCACUCUUGAAUUUUGUUCCUUGAACAUGGCCUUUGUUCCAGCAUAUUUUUCUGCCAGCGUUACUGUAUCAUUUAUUUGAUCUGCAUUUCAGUUGUUCUUUGCUUUCUUGUGUUUAUGGCCUACAUUAUUCAUUAUUUUUUAAGCCAUGACAGCAUGUACUGUACUCAACACAGGUCUAAAGGAUUAAGCUGUAUGACCACUUGUUACAUUUAAACAUUAAAUGGUGUGGAAAUCA